AUGUUUUCUCUGCGGUUGUUUGGAACGAGACCAGCUUACCAACGGUUGACGAUUCAUAUCUAUGAGCUGCCACUUACUCCCUACGCUUUCUUUUUUUGGGGCGAAGAAGACCAUCCUGUUCCCCCUGACGGGAGAUUUCAACUUGAUCAGAGCGAAUCGUUCGUUCAGUAUUUUACGCUGCUGCGAUUUGACGCUGACUACCCUCUCCAGUGCAAGAGACGGACUGCCACCAAUCACGUCGAUUUUUUUACUCAUUUUGCCUUUCCCUCCAACGACCCGUUUUACAAACCGGAUUUUGUGGUAUGUGAUUCAUAUGGUUUGUUGUGCUGCAUCGAUGCGGUUGUGGCUGUGCCGCUUGAUGGUCCAAGCGUGUGCCCAGAAGAUCUAUCGCGAGGUACCGUAUUCAUGGAAUAUAUCUCUGAGCGGCUUCGAAAAACUUCUGAUCAAGCUUCGCCAUCUUUCUGUGUUUUUGAAGCGUUCAUUUUCGACAGUGAAAUUCUUCUUCAGCGUUGGUGCAUCGACGCAUGCGCCAGUUACGGUCUUUCGCUUAGUAGUUUGUAUUAUUAUGACUCGUGCCACUUUGGGGUGAGUGGCAUGCGUGGUUCGUUAGCUGAUCUUCUACGAAUUCAUGCCGUUGCCUGCGAGAUACCAGAGGUAACGUACUUUUGGGUGCACCAAAUGUCGAAUUAUUCUGUUUUCUCAGUCUACUCUCACAUUGUCAACACGAAUGGAAGCUGUAAAGCCCGUCAUAAAUCUUGCAAACCAGGCCGAAAUACGACCACGCAGAACAUCUUGAUGGGUCUCUUUAUUGAGGUAUUCUACUAUUUGUUUCUCAACCCAUUGCACUAA